UCUCUUAGUUUUUUAUUUUUUUUAUUUUUGAUAAUCUUCAGUUGUUUUGCUCUUUUAACAUGUAUUUUAGUUCCAUUUCGUUAUUUUCUUAUUUGAACUUACUUUGAACUCUUACAACUCAAACCUCGUCGUUUGCCGCGCGCUAUAUAGACUAAAGUUUAACAGGUGUAAUGGAGUUUAUUAUGUAUGUAGUCACUAAAAAAUUGAAAUUUAAUAUGUCCAGGCUACUAACAAAAAAGCAACGGAACUGCAUUUUUUCCAGAUUUUUUAUACUAAAUACUACAAACAUCAUAGCAAAAUUAACUUAUGCAUCCUUUAGGUCCUGGGCCACCCGAUGACAACAACACGCAUGCGCAUUCGGAAUUAACGGGUAAAGCAUCAAAUUUAUCGAAUAGUCGUGACACGACCACUACCACUACCACUACCACUUGUUCCGCAUGCCACACCGGAAGCCUAAAUAAUUGCUCCUCUAGCGAGGCAUCUGCAGCGUCUGCGUCUGAGCGUGAAUUCGAUUUGUGUGCGAGCGCGUCACCUGUGUGCGCGUGUGAUGAAUGUGCUGCUGCUGUCAGUGCCAAUGUGAGCGCUAGCGUUAGUGCGAGCGGCGUUAGUGCUUGCGCUAGUGCGAGCGCCACAGCCACAACCCUUGAGGCUGAUGAAUGUUAUCCCUUUACUUCUUCCUCCCUGAAUGUGCCUACAUGUCAUGCGUCAUCCGUUAUCGCAAACUCCACAAAUGCCUACGCCUACGCCAACAACGCCAAUGCCUGCAAUUCUACCGCCGCCAUUGCGGCGAAUGCGGCUGCGCUUAGCGCUAAUAAUGCCUCCUAUUGCUCCACAUCGGCGCCCACAACGUUGGUCGCUGAUGAGCGUCGUUUUUCUGCUGCUGCUGCCGCUGCGGCUGCUGCUGCUGCUGCUACUACUAGUAAAUUUAUUAACAGCUUUUCCAGCAAUAAUAACAACAACACUUGCAGUGUAAAUAAUAACAAUCGUUUGGGCUUGACGAUCAGUUGUAGUGGCGCAAAUAUACUACAACUGCAUCAGUCGCAACAUCAGCUACAACAACAACAACAUCAACAGACGCACCACGAGCCGUUACACCUACAACAGCAUCAAUUACUGCAGCAGCAUCAUCACCACCACCAACAUCAUCAUCAUCAGCAACAGCUGCACCACCACCAGCACCACCAGCAUCACAACCAUCAUCAGCAGCAUCAGCUUCAUCAUCACCAAUCGCCACUAUCGGAUGGUGGUGAGGGACACGAGCAUGAGAAUUUGAAGGGCAGCAAUAGUACGUCGGAUUUGAGUGAUACUUUCGACUGGUGGUUUCAUAGGCAUAAAAGAAAUUCGAAAAAGAGCAGCAGUCGCUCAUCAACGUUUCAAUUAAAUAUAAACAAUGGAUUUAAUUUCACACCAACUCAUAGAUCGUCCCCAGUGAGUAGUUGUUGUGGCAGUAGUAGUCAUGGUCGUUCCAGUCCGGAUACAGAUUUGGGCGAACCGCCGGCAUUUCCAUUAAGUCCAGGUUAGCAUGCCUGGUUUACAAUUGAAAUUGAAUUUUUUAAUGAAUUUCUUUUAUU